UGGGCGGUUCUCUAACGUACGGCUUGUCGUGAGUCGUUGUUGUGUUUUCAUCUUUCGUUUGCUCCCGUCUUUCCUACGUUGCUGUGGGUGGUGUCGGUUUGCGGUUCUCGCUGAGUGGGCGUAGGAAGCGAGUCUAUGUUGCCGUUUGAAUUUGACCGGACAAUGGCCGGUGCGAGGAUGGUUUGAACGUGGUGGCGCUUUUUAGUUUCGGUGUCCGUUUGUGUAGAGGAUGGUGUGGACUCUUUCGGUGUUGAGAUCAUUUAAGCAGGGAGUAGCAUUCGUUAGCGUCCUAGGUCGGUUCGGUUUAUCCUGUUCGAGUUUAACCGGUUUCGCGAGGAGAACGUCGGUCGGAUGAAGACGGGGCUGCUCGGUUUAUCCGAGCCCAUCCCUGUGGGGCGCCUGGAAUGCCGUGUUCUGAUGAAGUAAUCUCGGGCAAAGGGCUUGACGCUCUGUGCUCUGAGACCCGGAAAAGUUGGUAUAGCGUGCGUCUUACUGUGUGGACAUUUUCUGUGUCUUGUGUAAAUGCAGCAUGUCCCAACAUCCCCCUGGUACUGCUGUUCAGGGACUGCCAGUGCCCUGCUAAAUCGUAACCGGACUUGCGAAAUGCGGCAUCUGUAUGAGGGAGCAAAUUCGUGUGUGUAUUUUCAUUCGAAACGAGUCUCACUCGGAGGUUGUUAGCUGAUGUAACAGUAGUAGCUUGGACCCAAUCUGCCUUUGUGUAAACCAUACGAGAGAAGCAACUGGUGCAUUCCGGCACUAUCAUAGUUGUGGUAGAUUUUGAUGGAAUUCAGAUUGUCCAACUUAAGUUCAUGCGAUGGACUUAUCAGAUGCAGUAACGGUUAAUUCGAGCAGAUUAAAAUCAGUUGUCUGGAACGACUUUGAUAGAGUCAAGAAAGGUGAUAUCUGCGUGGCUAUAUGUAGGCACUGUAAAAAGAGACUGAGUGGCUCAAGUACUAGCGGUACUUCUCAUUUGAGAAAUCAUUUGAUCAGGUGUCAGAGAAGAUCUAAUCAUGACAUCACUCAACUCAUUCCGGCAAGGGAAAGGAAAAGGGAGCGACCCCUUGCUAUUGCAAAUUUCAGCUUUAAUCAAGAGCAGAAAAAGGAUGAAGGGCUAAAUCUUGUGGAUAUCAAAUUUGAUUCCGACCAGAUGAAGGAUGAUAAUGCAAAUGCUGCGACUGUGGAUAGUAACUACGAUCAAAGGAGAAGCCAGUUUGAUCUUGCGCGUAUGAUCAUUAUACAUGGCUAUCCACUGAAUAUGGUUGAGCAUGUGGGGUUCAAGGUGUUUGUCAAGAAUUUGCAGCCUCUUUUUGAGCUUGUGACAAUGAAUAAAAUAGAGGCUGACUGCUUGGAAAUCUACGAAAAAGAGAAGCAAAAGGUUUUUGAGGUCUUGGAUAAGUUGCCUGGAAGAAUUAGCCUCAGUAUUGAUGCUUGGGCUGGUUCUGGUGAUGUUCGAUUCUUCUGUUUGGCCGCAUAUUUCAUAGAUGAAUCUUGGCAGCUGAAGAAGAAGAUACUGAAUUUUGUGUCGGUGGACUCUUCUCACACGGAUGACAUGCAAGCAGACGUCAUCAUGACUUGUCUCAUGGACUGGGACAUCGACCGUAAAUUGUUUUCCAUGACUUUUGAUGGUUCUUCUUCUGACUUCUUUGUUCUCAGAAUCAGAGAUCGUCUAUCACAGAACAGGUUUCUUUAUGGCAAUGGCCAACUUUUUGAAGUGCGAUGUGUGGCUACCGUUCUCAAUUGGAUGGUUCAGGAUACCUUGGAAGCGCUAGGGGAGGUAAUUUACAAAAUUCGGGAAAGUAUUCGGUACAUCAAAAGUUCACAAGCGAUGUUAGACACGUUCAACAAGUUGGCCCAACAAGAAAGUAUCGAGACUGAAAAGUGCUUAUCUCUCGAUAACAGCUCCAGAUGGGACUCGACUUACAGGAUGCUUGAGGUUGCCUUGGAGUACAAGAGCGCAUUUUCUCUUCUGAGGGAACAGGACCGGCUAUUCAUGGUUUGUCCUUCUGAUGUGGAGUGGGAGAGAGCCGGCGCUGUUACCGGUUACUUGAAUGUCUUUCUGGAGAUUAUGAAGGAUUUCUCCCGAAGCAGAUACCCAACUGCAAAUAUAUACUUUCCUCUCAUAUGCGAUAUUCAUUUGAAGUUGAUAGGGUGGUGUAAGAGUUCAGACGAUUACAUCAGUUCGCUGGCCUUAAAGAUGAGAAGCAAAUUUGAUGAGUACUGGGAUAAAUGUAGUUUGGGACUAGCUGUCGCGGCCUUCUUGGACCCUCGAUUUAAGAUGAAGUUGGUGGAGUAUUACUUCCCCCAAAUUUAUGGUAGUACUUCCCUCGAACACAUCGAUGAGAUAUGUGGCCGAAUCAAGGCGCUUUACAACGAACACUCCAUUGGCUCUCCAUUAUCAACUCUUCAUCAUGGUCAGGCAUGGCAAGUUGGUGGCAGUACCGGGAGCUUGUCGGGUCCCGGGAACGGCGCUAAGGAUAGGCUGGUUGGGUUCGAUAAGUUCCUCAACGAAACGUCUCAAAGCGACGGCACGAAAUCAGAUUUGGACAAGUACUUGGAGGAGCCUCUCUUUCCUCGGAAUGUCGAUUUCAACGUGUUGAACUGGUGGAAAGUUCACACCCCGAGGUAUCCCAUAUUGUCCCUGAUGGCACGAAAUGUGCUGGGUGCUCCUAUGUCGAAAGUUGUCCCGGAGUCGGUGUUUGACAUGGGUGGCAAGGUGCUCGACCGGGACCGCAGUUCUCUCAGCUUAGCGACCUUGCAAGCACUGAUGUGUUCCCAAGAUUGGAUAAGAAGUGAACUAGAGAGUUCAUAACAAUUCAAGGUAAUGCACUCAGUGUCUGUCUCCUUUCUCACUGAGAUUUUGUAUUUAGCUGUUGAUCUAAUUAAAUGCAAGUUAGCAAUUGUGUGGCCCAGACGUUUUCGGGGUGCUCCUAAUAAUCAACAACCGUGUAACCAAAUUCAAUUCGAUAUGUUCCUUAAGAAUCCGAUUGAUUUUACUUAAUUUCCA